AUGGCAGGAACUUUAAAUUUAAAUGAUUUAAAAGAUGAACCAAUUUUAUAUUAUGAAAAUGCAUUGAGUUAUGUUUUUUGUAAUUCAAGUGAAGAGAAUAAAAAAGAAAUUCCUACAUGUGUUAUUUACCCAAGCAAAAAUAUAAAAAUAGGAUUUCCAAUAUGUUCAAUAAAAAAUAUAAAUAAAAAUGAAAAUUUGUUAAAUGAUAAUGAUAUUCAUAGUAAUAGAUUUAAUGAAGAACCACUUAUUACAUAUGCUUCUGAAUCUAAAGAUAUAUACCCUUUAAGAGUAAAAGUUUAUUAUACCAUUCUAUAUAUUUUAAUUCUUCUUCAAAUUUUUGUAAUGAUAUUUUUUAAAGAUAAUAUAAAUUUUAUUACCACUGGUGAUAUUAAUCUAUGGCAAAAUUAUAUAUUCAUAUUUACAGGAUUAUCUCAUAUUUUGGUUAUUAUGUCAAAAUUAUCUAAAUUGAAAAAUUAUUUAUUUGAUAUGUAUACAUCUUUAAGUUUAUUUUUUUUUAUAUUAUCUGUUUUAACUAUUAAUUGUUUUAGUAGUUUUUUGAUUUCCAUAAUACAAUUUUUCAUUUUUUAUUUGCAUUUAAAAAUUAAUUUUUAUGUUAUGCCUCACUCUUGUGUUGUACCCCCAUAA